UUCCACUGGUUUUUCAGACUUCCUCUUGCAGUGGUUUUGAGACUGCGCAUCUGGAUGUUUUAAACAUACAAAGGAAUUGCUGGAGCAAGCAAAAGGGGGGAGCCCUCAGGAAAGUUAAGAUGUGCUGAUUAGCAACUGAUGGGACUUUACAACUCAGCUCACUGACGGAGCGAAAGCGCUUUACGAAGAAGAGGCACAGAGGACAGUAUCAGACGUCUCAGCAGAAUGAAGCUGCACGUUUCCUUCAGCUUUGUUGGUUGCCUUUUUAAAAUCCUUCUGUUUCAGCUCUCCAUUUUUCACCCAACUUCAGCUCCGCCGCCACCAAACUUGAGGCUUCCAGAGGACGUAGCUAGCCGAGAACUAAUUCCAUCACCCAUUAUUAGAUUUCCAGGUGACAUUUCUCCCAAAACAGACAAAGAACUGGCAUUGCAAUACCUGAACAAGUACUAUGGGUGCCCCAAAGACAACUGCAAUCUGUUUGUGCUAAAAGACACUUUGAAGAAAAUGCAGAAAUUCUUUGGGCUUACUGAAACUGGAGAACUGGACCAAAACACUAUAGAAACUAUGAAAAAACCACGUUGUGGUAAUCCCGAUGUAGCCAAUUAUAAUUUUUUCGCUAGAAAACCAAAAUGGGAGAAAAAUCUAGUCACAUACAGGAUUUUAGGCUACACCCCAGAUCUGGAUUCUGAAACAGUGGAUGAUGCAUUUGCACGAGCUUUUAAAGUCUGGAGUGACGUUACACCGCUGGACUUCUCCCGAAUUCAUGAUGGGGAAGCAGAUAUCAUGAUCAAUUUUGGACGAUGGGAGCAUGGUGAUGGGUAUCCAUUUGAUGGCAAGGAUGGACUCUUAGCUCACGCCUUUGCACCUGGGCCAGGAGUUGGUGGUGACUCCCAUUUUGAUGACGAUGAGCUUUGGACUUUAGGCGAAGGACAGGUUGUUAGGGUGAAAUAUGGCAAUGCUGAUGGAGAAUUCUGCAAAUUCCCAUUCCUGUUCAACGACAAAGAAUACAACAGCUGCACAGAUGCAGGGCGCAACGAUGGAUUCCUUUGGUGUUCGACAACAUACAACUUUGAUACGGAUGGCAAAUACGGAUUCUGUCCCCAUGAAUUGCUUUUUACAAUGGGUGGAAAUUCCGAUGGUCAGCCAUGUAAGUUCCCCUUCAAAUUUCAAGGGAGCACCUAUGACAGUUGUACAACAGAAGGAAGACAAGAUGGAUACAGGUGGUGUGGAACCACUGAAGAUUAUGACCGAGAUAAGAAAUUUGGAUUUUGUCCAGAGACAGCCAUGUCAACAGUUGGUGGAAAUUCAGAAGGAGAACCUUGUGUUUUUCCUUUCACCUUCUUGGGAAACCAGUAUGACUCCUGUACUAGUUCCGGACGUCAAGAUGGGAAGAUGUGGUGUUCCACGACAAGCAACUAUGAUGAAGACCGCAAGUGGGGAUUUUGCCCAGACCAAGGCUACAGCCUUUUCUUGGUUGCUGCUCAUGAAUUUGGACAUGCCAUGGGACUAGAACAUUCCGAAGAUCCCGGAGCACUCAUGGCUCCCAUCUAUACCUACACCAAGCACUUUCGGCUUUCUCAGGAUGACAUUACAGGAAUCCAGGAACUUUAUGGGGGAUCCACUGAUGUUGGACCAGGCCCAAGUCCUACACUUGGGCCAAUCACCCCUGAGCUCUGUGGCCAAGAGCUUGUCUUUGAUGCUGUCGCUCAAAUCCGAGGGGAAAUCUUCUUCUUCAAAGACCGAUUCAUCUGGAGGACUGCAAACCAACGGAAUCAACCCACUGGUCCGUUGCUUGUUGCUACAUUCUGGUCUGAGGUGCCAGAAAAAAUCGAUGCUGUCUAUGAGGCCCCGCAGGAAGAGAAAACGGUCUUUUUUUCAGGAAAUGAAUAUUGGGUUUAUUCAGCCAGCACUUUGGAAAGAGGUUAUCCAAAGAGGCUCACCAGUCUGGGGCUUCCUCCAGAUGUUCAACAAGUCAAUGCUGCUUUUAACUGGAGCAAAAACAAGAAGACCUACAUUUUCUCAGGGGACAAAUUUUGGAGGUACAAUGAAGUAAAGAAGAAAAUGGAUCCUGGCUUCCCCAAAUUAAUUGCAGAUGCUUGGAAUGGUGUGCCAGACAACUUAGACGCUGUGCUGGAUGUGAGCGGAAGUGGCUACAGCUACUUCUUCAAGGACUGGUACUAUCUCAAAUUGGAAGAUCAGAGCCUAAAGAUCGUUAAAGUUGGCAAUGUGAAAACUGAUUGGCUGGGUUGCUGAGCUGUGUGACUUUUUAAUAACAAACAAAAGAAAAUAACAGUUACACUUUUUUUUUUUAAUUUGUAAAAGUCCUAUGUCUUACCUGCAACUAGAAAUAGAUAUGUAUGUUAUUUCAAGGGCCAGUCUGGUACUGGCACCAAAUCAAUAAGUACCACUACUUGACACAAAUGCUUUAUCAGAUCAUUUGAUUAUGUACACUUACUUGGAAGUAAAUUCUGUCAAUCUUAUGGGAUUUAUUUCUAAGUGGAUGGAUUUAGGAUUGGGAGUGCCAAGCACACUACAAUGUUGCAUUUUCUUCUUCUUUUCAUUCAUUAAUUUAAGACAUUUGGAUCUUUUGGGGCUUACAAUAAGAGAUGCUUCCUCAUGGAGCCUGAGAUGUGGUACAAUGUUCCAUUUUCCACAUUUGCAGGCUGGUGCUAAUGACAGAAGAACAACCUCUGCUUUCCAAGUUCUGAAGCAAGUCUUUACUGGGCAGAGAUGAGAUGUUUGAAUGUGUCCACAUAUAAAUACAAUUCACCUGCACAUAGAAAGCUAGCAUGUCAGGCAGAAAGUCUGGGUCAAACUAUCAUCCUGAGUUGCUAGUCAUCUAUAUACAGGGAGGAGGUCCUUCAGGUAUUUGAUCUGAUAUCUGCAGCCCAAUGUGGUACAAU